AUGUUUCAAAUCAUCAUUCCUUCACGUCAUGCAUUCCCUGGUCAAAAGCAUCCUACUGGCAAAGGUCAUUUUUACAAUUUUACCCAGCUUUAUUCCCACCUGGACUUCACUCCUACACCUUUUAGUGAAAACUGCAUUACUUUGAAGUUGAAGGUUGCAUUCAGGCAGGCAGAACGGCCUUACUCCCAUCCUGAGUUGGAAAAGAUAAUAGAUUCUACAGAGCAGGUGUCCGACUGUCCAAGGUCAUUGCACAAUGAGUCAGAGUGUCUCAUUCAGUAUUUUGAGUCUGGUUCAAGCAAUGUGGACAUGCAGGAAAAAGUGGGGCAAAAACUGAUAGGUGGAAGCAUCCUCUACAACAUGCUCUCCAGUGCGAAGCUGACGCCCGCGGCUCCUGAGGCUCCCAAGGCACGGGUCCGGGCUCCGUGCUGGGGCUGCUCCUGCGGUUCUGAGCCCCGGGUGGGCGAAGAGGGGCCGCUGGGCGGGCGGGCUGUGUCCCUCCUGUACCGCUGUUGCUUUUGUGGCGAAGACCACCCUACAGGCAGCAUCCUCUACAACAUGCUCUCCAGUGCGAAGCUGACGCCCGCGGCUCCUGAGGCUCCCAAGGCACGGGUCCGGGCUCCGUGCUGGGGCUGCUCCUGCGGUUCUGAGCCCCGGGUGGGCGAAGAGGGGCCGCUGGGCGGGCGGGCUGUGUCCCUCCUGUACCGCUGUUGCUUUUGUGGCGAAGACCACCCUAGGCAGGGCAGCAUCUUGUACAGCUUGCUCACGAGCGCAAAGCAAAGUCAAGUGGCUCCAGUAGCGCCCGAGGCAGGGCCCGGAGGCUCUUGGUGGGAGCUCUCCUACUAUGCACAGAGGCUCAGUGGUAGAGAGGGGCAGCCGAGCGGGCAGCCCGCCUCGCUCCAGUACCGCAACUACUUUGGCGGCGAAGACCACCCGCAGCGGGGCAGCAUCCCCUACGGCUUGCCCGGGAGUGCAAACCAAACACACGAGGUUCCAGCCGCGCAGCUGGAGGCCCCCUGGUGGGCCACCUGGUGUGGCGCACCGCGGCUGGUUGCCCUCAAAAGUCCACAGGUGGUCUGCGAGGCAGCCUCGGCAGGCUUGUUGAAGACGUUGCGUUUCGUCAAGUAUUUGCCCUGCUUCCAAGUGCUGCCUCUAGAUCAGCAGCUGGUGCUGGUACGCAGCAGUUGGGCGCCCCUACUCAUGCUGGAGCUCGCCCAGGACCACCUGAACUUGGAGACAGUGGAGACCUCGGAGCCCAGCAUCCUGCAAAGGAUCCUCACAACCAGGCGGCCGGAGCCCGAGGGCCACCAGCCACAGCUCCUCUCCACCUUGCAGCCGGAAUUGGUGUCGCCGCCAGGGCCUGGGCAGUUUCCCUCCGCCGCCGCGGUCGAAGCCAUCAAGAGCUUCCUUGCCAAGUGCUGGAGUCUGGAAAUCAGUACCAAGGAGUACGCCUACCUCAAGGGGACCGUGCUCUUUAACCCGGACCUGCCAGGCCUUCGGUGCGUGAAGUAUAUUCAGGGACUUCAGUGGGGAACGCAGCAGAUCCUCAGUGAGCACAUCAGGAUGACGCACAGAGGGUACCAGGCCAGAUUUGCCGAACUGAACAGUGCCCUCUUCCUGCUGAGAUUCAUCAAUGCCAAUAUCAUCGCUGAACUGUUCUUCAGGCCCAUCAUUGGCACAGUCAGUAUGGAUGAUUUGAUCCUGGAAAUGCUCUGUGCAAAGUUAUGAAAGCAUUUGGGCUACUCAACGUGCAGUUUACCAUAGAGGAAAGAUAAAACGAUGUUGGCAGAAGAGUGUCAAAUGUUGUAAAAAUAAACUUUCUUGUUAUUUUUACAUGAAGAGUAUUUUGUAUUCAAUUAAAGAAAUGCUUUAGCUACAGACAGUGUAAAAACCCUCUGUU